AGAUCUUCUCGGCUCGCUCUGGUUGGGAAGCCUGGCUCCGGGCUCCCUGGGGUGGUUGAGAGGCUCGCUCCAACCGACCACAGGCAUCCAGCCGAAAGAAAAAAGGAGCGCGAAAACCGAAGUGAGUGGCUCACGGUGAGUUCGAACACGAGAAGCGCCCAGAGGAUUGAUGCGUCAUGACGUGGUGAUGUGAUGUGUGUUGGCUGUGUGUUUCAGACUCUGCUUGGUGCCUCUGCCGUGCACAACCAACUGCUGCCAUUGUGAUGUGUGACCUGGUGCCUGAGGAGCUCUGGCGUGAGCAGAUUCUGCCCUCCCUUGUCGUCUGUGACGUCAUUGCCCUGCGAGCGACCAGCAGUGCCAAGGCGGCUCUGAUCACGGGUGGCCUGCUGCUGCAGCGCAUCGACACAUACCUCGCCCGCCACGAACUGAGUGGCACUGUUGAUGUCAACCGCAACGCCUCUGCUGUUGCUGGCGAUAUCGAUCAGCCUAGUGGCUUUGUUGCCGUCGUCCGUCACUCACUGCUGGCAUGCGCAAGGCGGCUUACCGGCCGACGGCUGACACACUUCGGCUACUUGGUGCGAUGCCUUUAUGUGCUGGAGCAGGGCGGCAGUGAGUGGCGUCUGAUGGGCAUGGUUGUCCGGCUGGCGGCCAUCUAUCGGCUGACCCCCAAUGGGCUGCCAUUGGCGCUGUCGGUAGCUCAGCUGCACAGCAAGUCGGCCUUUGAUUCGGUGCCACUUGCCAUGGCCAUCUAUCGGCUGAUCGGACAUCAACUGACACUCAGAGGACAGCGCCUGGCGCUGCGGCGGGCCGCCAACGGAGAGUAUCGGAUCGGCGAUAGGUCGUUUCGUGUGGUGCCGUUCGGCGACCUGCCCGCCGACCAUCCCUACCGCAGCACAUACAACGAGAGCGACCCCGUCGUCCGCUGGGGUCGCGAUCUAUUUCCAUCCUUCACGGCAUUCCUCACCAUGAGGCCUCUGAUGUGGUGGUGGCCUUAUGAAGCGGGGGUGGUCAGAGUGGUCUUCAAGGCGGUGCUGUGGGUCCACAAGGACCGUAGCAACCCCGGCUUUCAGAGGCUGCUGACAGCCGGCGACAUCCCUGAGCAGCUGGGCUACACGGCUGACAACCGCUUUGACCGCGGGAACCUCAGUACGGCCGAUCCGAUUGACCGUCGUUAUGUGAUUGUGAGCGGCUUUCGGCCCACCGAUACCGUCGCAGCCUUUAUGCGGGUGGACAGAGGGGGCUCGGGCUGUGGACGACCGAGUCGCUUGCUGCCGGUGUGUCUGCCUCCCUCGAUGAGCGCUUCCCCGUGUCGAUGCCGUUGUGGCGCCGUGUACUGAGGCGAUUCAGCUUGGAGGAGGACGUUAUCAACAGAGGGAGCGACCCAUCUGCUGAUGACGGGUGAGGACAUCGAUCUGAAUACGACCGAGUCGGCAACUGCUGAUUAUCCCGUCUGAUAACGCAUUGCGCUGCGGCGAUUCAACUUCAACCAAGACGCUCUCCCCUCGACGGGGAGAAGGAGAGCAAGGGAUGGUGCCUAUAGUGUUGUCUGUCCGUCUGGGUUGCUGGUCUGUGUGACACACAUGAUUUCAAUCAUGUUUAUGCUCUGCUCCGUCACGUGUGCGUGUGUGCGCCCGUGUGUGUGUGCGAUUCGUCAUGGACCCUUGGUGUGACUCUACUUGAAAUGGCGGUAAAUGUGUUUAUCGGCGA